UUGUUUUCAUCCGCAUGUGUUCUCAUACCACAAGCAAUUUAACUUGACUGCCUUGUUUGAUUGGACUUAUUUACAAACCUGCUAAGCUUGCAAAUGGUGUGUAACUGAAUCCCAGGGUUGUUUGACAGCUCCUCCACAGCAUCGCCACUGGUGCAUUGUGAAAAUUCCAGUGAGAUUAACUGCUGCCACCAUUAAGGAGUACCAAGGAGAAUUUAUUUUGAAUUUGAUUCAAGCUUAACGCAGAAUAAAUGUUUAGUGCUACAUUUGUGUUUUUUGUUUUGUUUUGUACAACAGAAUUUAACAUAACUUUUCUAACUUGCAGUCCUACCCCCUAUCUCUGUUAUCUUAAUUUAACUGUCGAUUUGUUCACUUUAUUUAAUUAAGAUACAUUUUCAGUCUCUAAUUUAAUUUCUGAUUCCUUUUUAAUUUUACUUAACUUUAGUGUAUAUAAUAUUUUUGUAUUUUCUAUAAAGUAGGUCUAUACCAUAUCUACAUUGUACUACAGGUUGCUUAUGCAGCUAUAUGUGCAAAAUAAAAAUCUUGAAUCUUAAAUUAUAUGUUACUUAUCCAAUAGUCAAUGUUAACUACUCAAUGUGUCUUGCAAAAAUAUACAUAAGGCUCAUUUAAUUCCAGUACACAGACUAUUUAUGAUCAUAUUUACUAAUAUUAAUAGUAAACUUGAUUGUCAUCAUAUCGGCAACUUGAUAAAACUUCAUUGUCAUCAUAUGGUCAAUUUUUUACUUCUUCAUAUUACCAUAUCAAUUAAAUUAAUCAUUCCCCCCAUUAAAUUGGACCAGAAAGAAACUUAAGAAUACACUUUCUCAUAAUGACUAUUAAACAGUAAAGUCUUACCAAUAAAUCAAUUAACACCCAAACUUGAAUUAUAUGUACAUGACCAGGUUAAGCAUUUAUUGGGAAGGUUAUGUUCUGCUUGUCUUCAGACUUUUAUAAAAUGCCCUUGAAGCAUUGAGGGACAUGCAGGCAUGUAAUUGGUCACAACUUGUCAUUUUAAUUCUCCCCAUAUUCUUAUAUUUCAAAAGACUUUUACCCAUACCCAUAGAUUAUAAACUAUUACUGUCUAUUUUUACAGCAGAAAGCAAAUUAAACGGACUCACUGACAAUUGAUUUUUAAUCGCUAAAUUCUGUACUUAAUUUACUGUAGGUGUAACAUAAUGCAUAGAGUAAAUUCAUUCAUACACAGAAACUACAAUAGUCACUCAUCAGUCAGUCAGCUGUCUCCCAUUAGGAUAAAAAUACCAAUGCACAUGUUAUUAGAAACAUGAGUGUAACAUUGUCAUAUAUAGACAGUAAAACCCAACCCAUUAUAACCAAAUAGAGAAAGGCAAUGCUGUUGAUGGAAACACUCAAGUCCUUAUAAAAGCAGACGUCUCGGUCUCUCUGAAGGUCUGCCAAGCACCCAGUGAAGAAUCCACAGGAAGUCAUUCCGGACGUUUCUGGCCUUGAGAGUCAAGCAACAAAGUCAUCAUGGGAGACGGUGAGAUGGAGUGUUUUGGCCCGGCGGCCAUUUUCCUCCGCAAACCAGAGAAAGAGAGGAUUGAGGCUCAGACUGCCCCGUUUGAUGCCAAAACAGCAUACUUUGUAACAGAUACAGAUGAGAUGUACCUGAAGGGUACUCUUGUUAGUAAAGAGGGUGGCAAAGCUACUGUCAAAACUCAUAGUGGGAAGACUCUCACUGUCAAAGAUGAUCAAAUCUUUCCCAUGAAUCCACCCAAGUUUGACAAAAUUGAGGACAUGGCCAUGAUGACCCACCUCAAUGAGCCUGCUGUGCUGUAUAAUCUCAAAGAGCGUUACGCAGCAUGGAUGAUCUAUACCUACUCUGGUUUGUUCUGCGUCACUGUCAAUCCAUACAAAUGGCUGCCGGUGUACGAUACAGUUGUUGUGAACGGUUACAGAGGCAAAAAGAGGAUUGAAGCUCCACCCCACAUCUUUUCCAUCUCUGACAACGCCUACCAGUUCAUGCUCACCGAUCGUGAGAACCAGUCUGUUCUGAUUACUGGAGAAUCUGGUGCAGGAAAGACUGUGAACACAAAGCGUGUCAUUCAGUACUUUGCAACCGUUGGUGCAAUGUCUGGGGCAAAGAAGGCAGAACCUGUUGCUGGAAAAAUGCAGGGCUCACUGGAGGAUCAAAUCAUCGCAGCCAACCCCCUGCUGGAGGCUUAUGGUAAUGCCAAGACUAUAAGGAACGACAACUCGUCUCGUUUUGGUAAAUUCAUCAGGAUUCACUUUGGGACAACUGGCAAACUGGCCUCAGCUGAUAUUGAAACUUAUCUGCUGGAAAAGUCAAGAGUAACAUUCCAGCUGUCUGCUGAGAGGAGCUAUCACAUCUUCUACCAACUCAUGACUGGACACAAACCAGAACUGCUCGAGGCACUGCUCAUCACCACCAAUCCUUAUGACUAUCCAAUGAUCAGCCAGGGUGAAAUCACUGUCAAGAGUAUCGAUGAUGUGGAAGAGUUCAUUGCCACAGAUACUGCUAUUGACAUUCUGGGCUUCACUGCUGAGGAGAAAAUAGGCAUCUACAAGCUGACAGGUGCUGUGAUUCAUCAUGGGAGCAUGAAGUUCAAGCAGAAGCAGAGAGAGGAGCAGGCUGAACCUGAUGGCACUGAGGUGGCUGAUAAAAUUGCCUACCUCAUGGGCCUGAACUCUGCAGACAUGCUGAAAGCUCUGUGUUACCCCAGAGUAAAGGUCGGAAAUGAGUUUGUUACCAAAGGCCAAACUGUACCACAGGUGAAUAACGCAGUUAGCGCUCUAUGCAAGUCAGUUUAUGAGAAAAUGUUCUUGUGGAUGGUCAUCCGUAUCAAUGAGAUGUUGGACACAAAGCAGCCGAGACAGUUCUUCAUUGGUGUGCUGGACAUCGCUGGAUUUGAGAUCUUUGAUUUCAACAGCUUGGAGCAGCUCUGCAUCAACUUCACCAACGAGAAACUGCAACAGUUUUUCAAUCAUCACAUGUUUGUGCUGGAGCAAGAGGAGUACAAGAAAGAAGGCAUUGAAUGGGAGUUCAUUGACUUUGGAAUGGACUUAGCUGCCUGCAUUGAGCUUAUUGAGAAGCCAAUGGGCAUCUUCUCCAUCCUUGAAGAGGAGUGCAUGUUCCCCAAAGCCACAGACACAAGCUUCAAAAACAAGCUGUAUGAUCAGCAUCUCGGGAAAACUUCAGCAUUCCAGAAGCCCAAACCUGCCAAAGGCAAGGCAGAAGCUCACUUUUCUCUGGUGCACUACGCUGGCACUGUUGACUAUAACAUUUCUGGCUGGUUGGACAAGAACAAGGAUCCACUGAAUGACUCUGUUGUGCAACUCUAUCAGAAGUCAUCAGUCAAACUUCUGGCCUUCCUGUAUGCCGCUCAUGCAUCUGCUGAAGCUGAUGGCGGCGCUGGUGGAAAGAAAGGAGGCAAGAAGAAGGGUGGUUCCUUUCAGACAGUGUCUGCACUGUUUAGGGAAAACUUGGGCAAGCUGAUGAGUAACCUGAGGAGCACUCAUCCUCACUUUGUGCGUUGCUUGAUUCCUAAUGAGUCCAAGACUCCAGGUCUGAUGGAGAACCACCUGGUUAUUCAUCAGUUGAGGUGUAAUGGUGUGCUGGAGGGUAUCAGAAUCUGCAGGAAAGGUUUUCCCAGCAGAAUCCUCUAUGGUGACUUCAAGCAGAGAUACAAGGUAUUAAAUGCCAGUGUCAUCCCUGAGGGACAGUUCAUUGACAAUAAAAAGGCCUCAGAGAAACUCUUGGGCUCUAUUGAUAUUGACCAUACCCAAUACAAAUUUGGGCACACAAAGGUGUUCUUCAAAGCUGGUCUGCUGGGUACUCUUGAAGAAUUGAGAGAUGACAAACUAGCAGCACUGGUAACCAUGACUCAAGCUCGUUGUCGUGGAUUUGUCAUGAGGAAGGAAUUUGUCAAAAUGAUGGAAAGGAGAGAAUCAAUUUAUUCCAUUCAAUACAACAUCCGCUCAUUCAUGAAUGUGAAACACUGGCCAUGGAUGAAGCUGUACUUCAAGAUCAAACCUCUUCUUAAGAGUGCAGAGACAGAGAAAGAAAUGGCAGCCAUGAAGGAGAACUAUGAGAAAAUGAAGGAGGAUCUAACAAAGGCACUAGCGAAAAAGAAGGAGCUUGAGGAGAAAAUGGUGUCACUCAUGCAGGAAAAAAACGAUCUUCAACUGCAAGUAGCUUCUGAAUCUGACAAUCUCUCUGAUGCUGAGGAGAGAUGUGAAGGUCUUAUCAAAAGUAAGAUCCAGCUCGAGGCCAAACUCAAAGAGACAACCGAGAGACUGGAGGAUGAGGAGGAGAUCAAUGCUGAACUUACUGCUAAGAAGAGGAAACUGGAAGAUGAAUGCUCUGAGCUGAAAAAAGAUAUUGAUGACCUGGAGCUCACCUUGGCCAAAGUGGAAAAGGAGAAACAUGCAACAGAAAAUAAGGUGAAAAAUCUGACUGAGGAGAUGGCCUCUCAGGAUGAGAGUAUUGCCAAGCUGACCAAAGAGAAGAAAGCCCUUCAAGAGGCACACCAGCAAACCCUUGAUGACCUUCAGGCAGAGGAAGACAAAGUCAACACUCUGACUAAAGCGAAGACAAAACUUGAGCAGCAAGUGGAUGAUCUGGAGGGUUCACUGGAGCAAGAGAAGAAGCUCCGUAUGGACCUUGAGAGAGCAAAGAGAAAGCUUGAGGGUGAUCUGAAACUGACCCAGGAAUCUAUAAUGGACCUGGAGAAUGACAAACAGCAAUCAGACGAAAAGAUUAAAAAAAAAGACUUUGAGAUAAGUCAGCUUCUCAGCAAGAUUGAAGAUGAACAGUCUUUGGGGGCACAGCUUCAGAAGAAGAUCAAAGAACUUCAGGCCCGCAUUGAGGAGCUGGAGGAGGAAAUUGAGGCCGAGCGAGCUGCUCGUGCUAAAGUGGAGAAGCAGAGAGCUGAUCUCUCCAGGGAACUUGAAGAGAUCAGUGAGAGGCUUGAGGAAGCUGGUGGUGCCACUGCUGCCCAGAUUGAGAUGAACAAGAAGCGGGAAGCAGAAUUCCAGAAGUUACGUCGUGAUCUGGAAGAGUCCACCUUACAACAUGAGGCUACAGCGGCCGCUCUCCGAAAGAAGCAAGCAGACAGCGUGGCCGAGCUCGGAGAACAGAUCGACAACCUCCAGCGUGUCAAGCAAAAGCUGGAGAAGGAAAAGAGUGAGUACAAGAUGGAGAUUGAUGACUUAUCAAGCAACAUGGAGGCCGUGGCCAAGUCAAAGGCUAAUUUAGAGAAGAUGUGCCGCACACUUGAAGACCAACUGAGUGAAAUAAGGUCCAAGAACGAUGAAAAUGUUCGCCAGCUCAAUGACACAAGUGCCCAAAGAGCAAGAUUUGCCACUGAGAAUGGUGAACUGGCUCGCCAGCUGGAGGAGAAAGAAGCUCUUGUUUCUCAGCUGACCAGAGGAAAACAGGCUUUCACUCAACAGAUUGAAGAACUCAAGAGACAUGUUGAGGAGGAACUUAAGGCCAAGAACGCUCUGGCCCAUGCUGUCCAGUCUGCUCGCCAUGACUGUGAUCUUCUCAGAGAGCAGUAUGAAGAGGAGCAAGAGGCAAAAGCUGAACUUCAGCGUGGAAUGUCUAAGGCCAACAGUGAGGUGGCUCAGUGGAGAACCAAAUAUGAGACUGAUGCUAUCCAGCGCACUGAGGAGCUUGAGGAAGCCAAGAAAAAAUUGGCCCAGCGUCUGCAAGAUGCCGAAGAAUCAAUUGAGGCCGUGAACUCCAAGUGUGCUUCCCUGGAAAAGACCAAGCAAAGAUUGCAGGGUGAAGUAGAGGACCUUAUGAUUGAUGUGGAGAGAGCAAAUGCAUUGGCCGCCAACCUGGACAAGAAGCAGAGAAACUUUGACAAGGUGCUGGCAGAGUGGAAACAGAAGUAUGAGGAAGGUCAGGCUGAGCUAGAAGGUGCUCAGAAAGAAGCUCGUUCCCUCAGCACUGAGCUCUUCAAGAUGAAGAACUCCUAUGAGGAAGCCCUUGAUCACCUGGAGACUCUGAAGAGGGAGAACAAGAAUUUGCAACAGGAGAUUUCUGACCUUACUGAGCAGCUUGGAGAGACCGGAAAGAGCAUUCAUGAGUUAGAGAAAGCCAAGAAAACAGUGGAGGCUGAGAAAUCAGAGAUCCAGACUGCACUGGAGGAAGCUGAGGGCACUCUGGAACAUGAAGAAUCCAAGAUUAUUCGUGUUCAGCUGGAGCUGAGCCAGGUCAAGAGCGAGAUUGACAGAAAGCUUGCUGAGAAAGAUGAGGAGAUUGAGCAGAUCAAAAGGAACAGCCAAAGAGUGAUUGAUUCCAUGCAAAGCACUUUGGACGCUGAGGUCAGGAGCAGAAACGAUGCCCUGAGAGUUAAGAAGAAGAUGGAGGGAGAUCUCAAUGAGAUGGAGAUUCAGCUUAGCCAUGCCAACCGCCAGGCUGCUGAGGCCCAGAAACAGCUCAGGAACGUCCAAGGCCAACUGAAGGAUGCCCAACUGCACCUUGAUGAAGCUGUCAGAGGACAGGAGGACAUGAAGGAGCAGGUUGCCAUGGUAGAGCGCAGGAAUAACCUGAUGCAAGCAGAGAUUGAGGAGCUGAGAGCUGCACUGGAGCAAGCUGAGAGAGGCCGCAAAGUGGCAGAGCAAGAGCUUGUGGACGCCAGUGAACGUGUGGGACUGCUGCAUUCUCAGAAUACAAGUCUUAUUAAUACCAAGAAGAAGCUUGAGAGUGAUCUGGUCCAGGUUCAAGGUGAGGUGGAUGAUGCGGUCCAGGAGGCCAGAAAUGCAGAGGAGAAAGCCAAGAAGGCCAUCACUGAUGCAGCAAUGAUGGCUGAAGAGCUGAAGAAGGAGCAGGACACCAGUGCUCACCUGGAGAGGAUGAAGAAGAACCUGGAGGUUACUGUCAAAGACCUACAGCAUCGUCUGGAUGAGGCUGAAAAUCUGGCCAUGAAAGGUGGAAAGAAACAGCUCCAAAAAUUGGAGGCCAGGGUGCGUGAGCUGGAGGCUGAAGUUGAGGGUGAACAGAGACGUAGUGCUGAAGCUGUUAAAGGAGUGCGCAAAUAUGAGAGGAGAGUGAAGGAGCUCACCUACCAGACUGAAGAAGACAAGAAGAAUGUGACCCGACUGCAGGAUCUGGUGGACAAGCUGCAGCUGAAAGUCAAGGCCUAUAAGCGUCAAGCUGAGGAAGCUGAGGAGCAGGCUAACACUCACCUGUCCAGGUACAGGAAGGUGCAGCAUGAGAUGGAGGAGGCUCAGGAGCGCGCUGACAUUGCUGAGUCCCAGGUCAACAAGCUGAGAGCCAAGAGCCGUGACAUUGGGAAGAGUAAAGAUGAAGAAUGAAGAUUGGACACCAGAAGACCUACAAGCAAGCAUAUAAUAUGACUGACUUGUACUGAGUUUUCUUACUUGUGAACAUUAAAAUGCUCUUUUUA